UAAACGGUAAAACAUUUUUCUCCUCAUUUCUCAGUUGCCAAGUAGAAAAUUUUUGUGAAAAAAAAAUCGUGUAAAAUUGUAAGUGCUUUUAACCAAACGUGAAGGCACACACGCACGCAUUGACGACGCGUUUUGCACAUAACCUGAAGUUCUACACUCUACACUUGUCAUUCGAGGAGCAACUGGAGCUAAUCAAAAUUUUAUUUGAACAAUAAUUUGAAUAAAACAAAAUUUUCGUCAUGAGUAAAGCGGAUGCAAAUACACGCCAGGGCUCGUACAAGUCAAACACAAUUAAUACGCAGGACUCUCGCAUGCGUCGCCAUGAGGUUACCAUCGAGUUGCGAAAGUCCAAGAAGGAGGAUCAGAUGUUCAAGCGUCGCAACAUCAACGAUGAAGACCUCACCUCUCCGCUGAAAGAACUAAAUGGCCAGUCGCCGGUGCAGCUGUCGGUGGAUGAAAUUGUGGCGGCCAUGAACAGCGAGGAUCAGGACAGGCAGUUCAUGGGCAUGCAGUCGGCACGCAAGAUGUUGAGCCGCGAGCGCAAUCCACCCAUUGAUCUAAUGAUUGGCCAUGGCAUCGUACCCAUCUGCAUUCGGUUUCUUCAAAACACCAGCAAUACCAUGUUGCAGUUUGAGGCAGCCUGGGCAUUGACAAACAUUGCCUCGGGAACAUCUGACCAGACACGCUGUGUCAUCGAGCACAAUGCGGUGCCGCAUUUCGUUGCUCUGCUGCAGUCGAACUCCAUCAAUCUUGCGGAGCAGGCCGUAUGGGCAUUGGGUAACAUUGCCGGCGAUGGAGCCGCUGCUCGGGACAUUGUAAUUCAACAUAAUGUCAUCGAGGGCAUUUUGCCGCUGAUUAACAACGAGACUCCGCUUUCGUUUUUGCGGAACAUUGUCUGGCUGAUGUCGAAUCUGUGCCGCAACAAGAAUCCUUCGCCGCCCUUUGAACAAGUGAAAAUAUUACUGCCAGUCCUGUCGCAGCUUUUGCUUAGUCAAGAUAUUCAGGUAUUAGCCGACGCCUGCUGGGCUUUGUCAUAUGUCACCGAUGAUGACAACAACAAGAUUCAGGCGGUCGUUGACUCGGAUGCAGUUCCUAGGUUGGUAAAACUUUUGCAAAUGGAUGAGCCGAGCAUUAUUGUGCCAGCACUGCGCAGUGUGGGCAACAUUGUCACUGGCACCGAUGUACAGACGGAUGUUGUUAUUGCUGCGGGUGGCUUGCCCCGACUGGGUCUGCUGCUGCAGCACAACAAGAGCAACAUUGUGAAGGAGGCUGCUUGGACUGUUAGUAAUAUAACAGCAGGUAAUCAGAAGCAAAUCCAAGCAGUUAUUCAGGCUGGCAUAUUCCAACAACUACGCCACGUGCUCGAGAAGGGCGAUUUCAAGGCACAAAAAGAGGCCGCUUGGGCAGUGACCAACACGACAACAUCGGGCACCCCUGAGCAGAUUGUGGAUCUGAUCGAGAAGUUCAAAAUAUUGAAGCCAUUCAUUGACUUGCUCGAUGCCAAAGAUCCACGCACCAUCAAAGUUGUCCAGACGGGCUUGGCCAAUCUCUUUGCGCUGGCCGAGAAACUUGGCGGCACUGAAAAUCUCUGCCUCAUGGUCGAGGAGAUGGGCGGAUUGGAUAAACUGGAAACAUUGCAACAGCACGAGAACGAAGAGGUGUACAAGAAGGCUUUCGCUAUUAUCGAUACCUACUUCAGCAAUGGCGACGACGAGGCCGAACAAGAGCUCGCACCCCAGGAAGUAAAUGGAGCCCUCGAAUUUAAUGCCACUCAGCCAAAGGCUCCAGAGGGUGGCUAUUUAUUCUAGGCCUAUUUUAUCACUCAUCCCUCAUACAUACUAUAUACUAUGCCAAGUACAUAUUCCACGUCAAACAACUUUAACCUUUCCAUCGCGAUAGGCUCACACUUAGUGCCCUCAUUGUCAUCUUCUACACACAGCACACAAAACUAACCCAAAAACAGAACACACUCAAGCAUUUGGAGAGUAACAGACACAGAUAUUUUUGCUUACCUGUAUCAGCAUGACAUUCCCACCUCAUUGGGUGAUACGGGAAGCCAUUUACCACUCCUACGGAUUAACUGAAUCUCUGGUAAUGCAUUUUACAAUAAUUUGCUACAUUUUUUAACACGUGAAGGCAACCAUUCGACUCAGCUGUGCUGUUAGAGCAUUGCCCUGUGACGGUUGUUUAGGUCGUCAACCUGAAAAGUAUGUGUGGUGUUUUUGGUAACCUUUUGGGCCCCCGUUUCAAACAUUAUUUUAGGUUGUUAGUAUUUAUUUAUGUAUACAGAUUAUGCUUCUCCUAUCCACCUGCGCGCAAGCAUUACAACAAUUUACAAUCCCAGCACCAAUGUCCUCAUCCUUGAUUCGUAAUAUUGUAUUUUUAGUUCAUGAAUAAAAAAUGAAUUGUUCGCAUGA